GCCGCCGACCUCCGGGACCCCCAUGGCACCGCCGCGAUGUUCGUGUCCCGGCUCCUGGAUUUCCAGAAGACGCGUUACGCCAGGUUCAUGAACCACCGUGUCCCAUCCAACUGCAGGUACCAACCGACGGAGUACGAGCAUGCGGCAAACUGUGCCACCCAUGCGUUCUGGAUCCUGCCCAGCAUCCUUGGCAGCUCCAUCCUUUACAUCCUCUCUGAUGAUCAGUGGGAAACUAUCUCAGCCUGGAUCUAUGGCUUCGGCUUGUCCAGUCUCUUCAUCGUCUCCACCACCUUCCACACCAUCUCCUGGAAGAAGCGGCACCUCAGGACUGUGGAGCACUGCUUGCACAUGUUUGACAGGAUGGUGAUCUACUUCUUCAUUGCCGCGUCAUACGCUCCCUGGCUGAACCUGAGGGAGUUGGGUCCCUGGGCCUCCCACAUGCGCUGGAUCAUCUGGAUCAUGGCAUCUGUCGGGACCGUCUACGUUUUCUUCUUCCAUGAGCGGUACAAGCUGGUGGAGCUGGUGUGCUACGUUAUCAUGGGCUUCUUCCCCGCCUUGGUCAUUCUCUCUAUGCCCAACAGGGAUGGUCUCCCGGAGCUGGUGGCCGGUGGACUGUUCUACUGCCUGGGCAUGGUCUUCUUCAAAAGCGACGGCCGCAUCCCCUUCGCCCAUGCCAUCUGGCACCUCUUUGUGGCCAUUGGAGCUGGCAUCCACUACUAUGCCAUUUGGAGGUACCUCUACCGACCCAGCACACUGGAGGCUGAAACGUCGUGGUAGAUGCCUUAAAGCCAUGGUGUGCACCAACCAGCACGUGGGGACACGGAGGGGACAGGGGGGCAGCCCGUGCCGUGGGCUUGCCUCCAGCCCACCCACUCACCCCGUGGCCAGCAGCC